AUGCUCAUCCUCUUAGCCAGUGGAUGUCAUUCACAGCAGCCAGCUUUGUCAGUCUGUGGCCGGGCGGUGAGAAACAGCAGAAUUGUAGGAGGUCGAAAUGCGUCUCCAGGAAGUUGGCCCUGGUUGGUCAGUUUAAACCACGAUGACCGUCCCUUCUGUGCAGGGUCCCUAAUUCACAAUCAGUGGGUGCUGACCGCUGCCCAUUGCCUAACUGGAUUCAAACUUCUUACUACGACGGUUUAUCUGGGCCGCCUCAGCCAGUCGAGUCCAAACAUUAACGAAGUGUCUCGUGGACUUGAAAGGAUCGUUUGCCAUCCUUCAUACGACUUCUUGACCCAUGAGAACGACAUCUGUCUCCUGAAGCUGUCGACCCCGGUGGAGUUCACAGACUACAUACAACCGGUCUGCUUAGCCUCGACAGGCAGCACGUUCCACUCUGGGGUUAGCAGCUGGGUCACUGGUUUUGGUCUUACUCAAUAUGGUAAGAUCACAGACUAUGCAUCUACCGGAUCCGACAUCCUGCAGGAGGUGAAUCUACCAAUCGUUGGAAACAAGGUGUGCAGAUGCACCUAUCCCGGAAUCACAGAGAACAUGAUCUGUGCUGGGUUCAACGAAGGAGGGAAGGACGCGUGUCAGGGAGACUCAGGGGGACCACUGGUGACACAAAAUGGUUUUACGUGGAUCCAAAGUGGAGUUGUGAGUUUUGGCCACGGCUGUGCCAGGCCGAUGACUCCUGGAGGCUACACCCGUGUGUCCCAGUACCAGGACUGGAUCACCAACAUCACUGACAGCAAUGCACCAGGCUUUGUUGCCUACACAUCCUCAGGGGUGGACAGCGACUUCAAUAUUAACUGCUCAAAUAUACCACCCACCAGUGCCACCAUCAACACAACCACCCCAAGACCCGCUACCCCCACAACCAGAACUACCACCGUGAUUCCUACUACAACUGCAAUGACCACAACUCCCAGUAUCCCAACAACCACCCCAACCACGACCACCGAAACCCCCACUACCCCCACAACAUGCACAACUCCCAGUACAACCAAACCCCCCACGAUCCAAACAAUCCCCAUGAUCACGACAGCCCUUAUUAAUGAGCAUAAGUCCAUCAACAGUAUAUUUGAUAGUGGUGUACAUGUGAUCCAUUUCUCCUACUUCACCUCCCUCUGUCUUCUACUGGUUUCCCUCUUUAUGCUUGUUGGAGGAACGUAA